AUGACAAAAGAUCGAUUGCCCGCUUUGCGGGCUGCACAAAAUGCUGAAGAUAGCGAUCCAGAUGCCGCCUAUGUUGCACUUAAUAUGGAUGAUAAUAGUCGUUUUAUGUCCGAUUUUUUUGCUCAUGUCGAUUCCUUACGAACAAAUAUCGAUAAAAUAAGUGAACUUGUUGAUGAAGUUAAACGUCUUCAUUCAACAAUAUUAGCUGCACCACAAGCUGAUGAUCGAACAAAAGAAGAAUUAGAAGAAAAAAUGGCUGAUAUUAAAAAAUUAGCUAAUGAUGUUCGAUUAAGAUUAAAAAAAAUGGAAGAUGAUCAAGAACAAACACCAAGUACCAGUCAAGCACAAACACGUAUUGGAAAAGCACAGCAUGCAACAUUAUCACGUAAAUUUAUUGAUGUAAUGAAUUCAUAUCGAAAUGCUGAAAUUGAAUAUCGAGAACGAUGUAAAGCUCGUAUUCAACGUCAACUUGAAAUCAGUGAGGAAUAUCUAAAUAUCUUAUUGUCGUAUUGUCUAUUUGUUUUAACACAAAAAUUUCGUGACGUUAUGAAUGAUUAUAAUCAAGUACAGGUUGGUUAUCGACAAAAAUGCAAAGAAAGAAUACAGCGACAGCUUGAGAUCACUGGACGAUCAGUAACUGAUGGUGAAGUUGAAGAAAUGCUUGAAUCUGGAAAUCCAGCUGUAUUUACACAAGGCAUUAUGGUUGAAACAGCACAAGCUAAACAAUCACUUGCUGAUAUUGAAGCACGACAUGGUGAUAUUAUAAAAUUAGAAAAAAGUAUUAAAGAAUUACAUGAUAUGUUUAUUGAUAUGGCUGCUCUUGUUCAAACACAAGGUGAAAUGAUUGAUCGAAUUGAAUUUAAUGUAGUUCAAUCAGAAAAUUUUGUCAAAGCUGCAAGUACAGAUACAAAAAAAGCAGUUAAAUUUCAAAGUGCAGCUCGACGGAAAAAAAUUAUUCUUAUUUUAAUCCUGGUGAUUGUUGUAAUUAUUAUUGUGCUUAUAAUUGUAAUUUAUUUUGCAACGAAAAAAUCUUGA